GUUACGAAUGGGGGAAAGCAAAUAGGACAGAAUGACUGUUGCCCAUCAAAUGUAAGUUGUGGUAUGUAUUCAGACUGUACAGGGCGAUAAACAUUAUGUCGCAACAAACAAGUUUGAAUUUAUCAAUAAAUUAUACGAAACAGGAACUGGAUUCGACAACUACACUCGACAAAGCAGUGAAAUCGCCAUUACCCCAGGCAUAUACCCCCUUUUCUUUGAGUAGCCCCAGAGUGUUAAAUACUAGUUCUUGUACAACACAACAUUCCACAGGAUUAUUAACCCCGUGCAGGCAGGUCGGACUUCGAAGAAGAUCUAUUAGAAAUGCUAUAUCACCAACCUGUAGUGACACUACAUCAUCAGCAAGUCCUAUUACUUUAAGAUUUGUUGGCCCAAUUGGUAGCUCCAGGAAACUUAGAAAACUGGACAAACACGUGCCUCAUGAGAAGGAAACAUCGAGGUCUUCGGGGAAAAGGCUAAAUCUGGAGAACGUGACAGAAAAGGCCAAGCAGUCCAGGUAUGAAGGGACGGAAGAAUCCAUUCAAGGUAAAUGUGAAGAAAGGAACAAAAACCACACAGAAAACUUUAAUAAUAACAAAGGUCAGCAAAGCGACAUAGGAGUUUUUAAGGAUUCAGACACAAAAAACAGAAGUGAUUCGUAUAGCAUGAUCAGUUCUGGAAAUAGUGACAAAGAAAAGGUCAUGAGGAAAACGAAGCUGGAAAGCCUGGACGAUAAAACUCAGCAGUGCAGUGUAGAAAAACCUUGCUGUAAAGAUUUGGACCUCCAGAGCAGCAGCUCAAAUGAUGCACAUAAUGUGAUCAUUUCUGAGAGUGGAAAUGAUGAAUGUCUUACUGAGAAAUCCCAGAUAGAAAACAUGGAUGAUAACACUCAGCAGUUUUAUGCUGAUACACCAUCCUCUAGUAAUUUAGAUUUCCAGAGUAAUUCAAAUAAUGAAGACAAAAUGGUCAAUUCUGAAAAUAUGAUAGAAUGCACUGAAGAAAAUUUAAACAUUCUGAAGCAACAAAUCACAGCAAAAGAGGAAGAAAUAAAACGACUGAAACUAAUUUUGUUGUACAAAAAGAAGCAUAAUGUGAAUGAAUUGGCCACUGAAAUAACCAGAUGGAAGGAAGGCUGCCAAGAAGCACUUCGACGACUUCAUCAAGCUUCUGUCUUACAAGGCUACCAACAUAGUAUGAUUCAGCUAAUGGAAAUGUUUGGUAUUCCACCAAAAGCAGUUGGCUAUGAUGAGGAUGCUGAUGAUUUUGUUUAAGGAUAAAAUAAUAUUGUUUGUAUCAGUAAAUGAGAAAGAAGAAAUGUUAUAAGACUACAGCAUUCGAAUGUUUGUGAAGACUGUAAAAAGUAUUGUAUUCAGUUAUUCAUUAAUAUAUUUAUAAAUGUUUUUGAAUUUGGUAUGCUAUCAUUGCAAUUACAAUAAUUAUUGAUUAAAACAAUGUUAUCCUACCUUCUUUCAUGCAUAGAACCAACUUCGCUUAAAUAUACUGACAGAAUCCCAAACUUAAAUUAAAAGUUUCAGAUAUGAAUGAACACAGGGUGGAUGCUUUACAGUUCAUAAAACACACACGUUAGGAAAUGAAGAGUUCUGUCUUCUGGGAUGUAGUCCCAUGUGGUCCACUGAAAGUCAAUGUUUCUCAGGAUGUAUUGCAUCCAGUCCUUGCUGCCUGCCUCAUGCCUAUUUUCUUACAUGGCUUAUUCUUCAUUCCUGAAGACUUGAGAUGGUAUGUUCCUCCAAAAUGUUGGUUGACUUUCACUGAACUAUGCAGCAUUACAUCCCAGAAGAUACAACUCUUCCUAGUCACUGCUGGGAGAACCUGAAAUCCUGCAAGACAGGAAAUGUAUCCACAGUAUAACAGUUCUGAUGAGGUUCCUCACUUCAGUUUAAUUUUUCAGAAACUACAAGACUUCCAGGUAAAGUGUAGUGGGCAUAAAUUGUGUCACAUUCAUUUUUGUGGCUUUCCUUUGAAACUUGUUUCAUUCUGAUAAAUAGUGAGUUAUGCUUCAUGUAAAGCAUCCAUUAUUUUUAUCUGAUUUUAAGCAGAACAAGAAUUUACCAACAGAUUUUCAUAAAUAUCUGUUCUCCAGUUCUGAAGUUGUUACACACAGAGAGACAGACAUGUAAAGCUAAUAGGUACAUUUUUGCAGCUGUUUAUUAUAAAUGCACUAAAAAGAAAGGAAAGGAAGCUAAAUUGUAAGAAAGUAAUGGUUGUAGCAGCAUGAUCGUCAUUUGUAGUGCAGACCUAUAAAUAAUGUGGAAGCUUCAUUUAAUUAUUGAGCAUAAGGGACUUAAUGGUGUUUGGAAGACUUUGGUGACCUUCAAUUGUGUUCAGAAGACCACUGCUGAUUAGUGAAUAUACAGGUUUUGAAACAUAUGCAGAGUGUAAGAAUUCUGGGUCAGUCAUUCACUCAUAAUUCUUAAUUAUCACAAAAACCAUAUUAUAAUCAAAAAAUUACAGACAUAAAAUGUGUUCUUUCUCUACAAUUUUUGUUUGAAACAUUUUUAUUCCAAUAAAUAUUUCACAUUUCAUGAAAAUCCAUUCAGUAAUUUGCAAGUUGUUUCAUGUUUACAGAUGGACAGUGAUUAAGUAGGCACUCUGAUGGGAUGCAUGUGCACCUACAAUGAACUGGAAUGAGGCCUUUUUCUUGUCAUAUUUAUACAAUGCUUGUGGCCAUCCAACCACAUGUCAGAUGAGUGCCAGGGGCUCAUUCCUUCACAAUUUCAAGUAUGAAUGAUUACUUGGUACAUGGAUUAUCUGUGCUACUUUCUACCAUCAUGCCCAACCCUAUGAAAUGCCUAAUAAUUUCCUCACUGCUUCUGUUCAGUCAUCUGUACACAUGAAAUAUCUCAACCCCUAGACAAAUUAUCAUGAAAUUUGUUAUUGUAGAAUAUUGUGAAGACCAAUAUGUGUAUGUCCUUACCUCAAACAUUACUUACUAAAUAUUAACUGGAACAUAUUUUGAAUGAAAGUGGUAGAGAAAAAUUUAACACACUUUAUUGUCACUGCACAUUUUCAGUAAGAAUUCUAGUUAUAUUAUAUAAUUAUUCAUAUUAAAUACUAUGCAUACAUUUCUGAAUUUCUAUAUUCAACAGUCACCCUGGUCUCCUAAUCAUACCCAAAACUUGGAUGAUGGAUAAAGUGCUAACAGUGUAUAUUACACUUAGUAUGGAAUUUCUGGAUAUUGUUCAUUGUCUAGUAUUCCAAACAGAACUGUAUUCAGUUGGGUGUUAGAAACAAUUUCAUUAACUAGGUGUAGGGAUUGUUAUAAUGAUUCCAUCAAACCAGAAACUGGAUUUAGAUUAUCUGCAACUGUCACACUACUCUUUUAUAUUCUACAAAAUAAAUCACAUUAGCAGACAUAUA